UUCAUCGGUAAAGCAAUAGAGGAAUUCCUUCCAAAUAUAGACAAUCCCCGGAGAAGUAAUGGCCAUAUGAAGACAUGAUGGCACCCUCUUGGAACGGUCCACCGCUCAAAACAAUCGAAAAUUUUCCAAGCAACAACCUCACCAAAAAAAAAAUUACAGAUUUUGCUCAUUUUCUUUGUUCAAUUUUUUUUUUCUCUCCUCUAAUCCUUUUUUUGCUGCAAUUCAAAGUCUUCCAUUUCCAAUUUGGAUCUUCAAAGGAUGGUGAUAAUAGAAUAGUAGUGACAUGCAACGACAAUGACAGACGUUGUCGAUGAUUUGCGGGAAACGUGAAAUUAUUAGCAAUCGGCAAUCUUGGAAAAUCUGCAUUGGCGAAAAAAGGAAGAAGAAGAAGAAGAAGAAGAAGAAAAGGUAGGUGAAUACUGCAUAAACAAAGGAAGAUGUCUCAGCAGGUGGUGCCAACGACCAACAAAUCGGAGCAGACGAUAGUAUGUUAUGCUCCGACGAUGAUCACGACGAAUGGCAUUUGGCAGGGAGAUAACCCUCUGGACUAUUCGUUGCCACUCUUCAUUUUGCAAUUAACUCUCGUCGUUGUUACCACUCGUAUUCUUGUUUUCGCCCUCAAACCCCUUCGACAGCCUCGUGUCAUUUCUGAGAUCCUUGGUGGUAUAAUCUUGGGUCCAUCAGUACUAGGAAGAAGCAGCAAAUUUGCAGAAACAGUUUUUCCUCUUAGGAGUGUGAUGGUUCUUGAGACAAUGGCAAAUGUAGGUCUUCUUUACUUCCUAUUUCUAGUUGGAGUAGAAAUGGACAUCGGCGUGAUCAAACGCACAGGAAAGCAGGCGUUAGCCAUUGCAAUUUCAGGCAUGAUUUUGCCAUUCGUUAUAGGCGUUGGGUUCGCCUUCCUGCUGCAUCAGAGCACCGAGUUCGUUAAGCUAAGCACUUUCAUACUCUUCCUUGGAGUCGCCCUUUCCGUCACUGCAUUUCCAGUGCUAGCUCGUAUCCUGGCGGAGCUAAAACUUCUCAACACGGAGAUAGGCAAAAUCGCUAUGUCAUCAGCUCUCAUAAACGACAUGUGUGCUUGGGUUCUAUUAGCCUUUGCCAUUGCCUUGGCUGAGAAUGAGGCCAUGUCCUUGGCUUCAGUCUGGGUGAUACUCUCAAGUGGCGCGUUCGUCGUUUUCUGCGUGUAUGUAGUAAGACCUCUCAUUUCCUGGAUAAUACGGCGAACUCCAGAAGGCGAAUCCAUUAGUGAAUUCUCCAUAUGCCUCAUACUCACUGGGGUUAUGAUCUCCGGGUUUAUAACAGAUGCAAUUGGCACACACUCAGUUUUCGGGGCUUUCGUUUUCGGCCUAGUUAUUCCUAAUGGUCCUCUUGGCGUGACACUUAUUGAAAGGCUUGAAGACUUUGUUUCGGGGCUUCUGUUGCCCCUCUUCUUUGCCAUCAGUGGGCUGAAGACAGACAUUGGUGCCAUAGACGGAGCUACUACUUGGGUUCUCUUAUUCGUAGUGAUUAUUCUUGCUUGUGCUGGUAAAAUUGCAGGGACGCUCCUUGUUACUGUCUACUACAAAAUGCCAUUCUAUGAAGGCCUUACUCUUGGUUUGCUCAUGAACACCAAAGGCCUUGUUGAGAUGAUUGUCCUCAAUGUUGGCAAAGACCAAAAGGUUUUGGACGACAAGUCUUUUGCCAUUAUGGUGAUUGUAGCGAUUGUCAUGACUUCAAUUAUUGGGCCGCUGGUGACGAGCGUACACAAGCCCGGCAGGAAAUCCGUGUCUUACAAAAGGAGAACAAUCCAGCGAACAAAACCAGAGGGCGAAUUUCGCGUCAUGGUGUGUGUGCACACUCCAAGAAACGUACCAACAAUCAUCAACCUCCUCGAAGCCUCUUAUCCCACCAAGAAGUCCCCAAUUUGCACAUAUGUUCUCCAUCUUGUCGAACUCACUGGCCGCGCCUCCGCCAUGCUUAUCGUCCACAACACACGAAAAACAGGGCGGCCCGCCCUCAACCGGACACAGGCUCAGUCGGACCACAUCAUCAACGCCUUUGAAAAUUUCGAGCAACAUGCAGGCUUCGUCUCCGUUAACCCCCUCACCGCGAUUUCCCCUUACUCCACCAUGCAUGAAGACAUUUGCAAUGUGGCGUUGGACAAACGGGUAGCUUUUAUUAUCGUCCCUUUUCACAAACAACAAACGGUGGACGGAGGAAUGGAAGCUACCAAUCCAGCGUUCCGGACGAUCAAUCAAAAUGUAUUAGCUAAUGCACCAUGCUCCGUGGGAAUCCUUGUCGACAGGGGCCUUAAUGGAUCAAGAUUGGCUGGAAACCAAGUAACACAUCAUGUCACUGUGCUAUUCUUUGGUGGUGUGGAUGAUAGAGAAGCGUUGGCGUAUGCAUGGAGAAUGAGUGAACACCCGGGGAUUAAUCUCACCGUAAUGCGUUUUCUUCCUGGUGAACAUGCAUUUGAGACAACGGGAUCGGCCAGGCGUAACCCAAGUGGUCGACGAGAAAUAUUGUCAGUAGAAACGAACGAUGACAAGGAGCAACAACUAGACGAGGAGUACGUAAACGAGUUCAAGUCAAGAACGAUGAAUGAUUCCUCCGUUAUCUAUACCGAAAGAGUGGUGAAUCAUGGUGAAGAAACAGUGGCAGCUAUAAGAUCGAUAGAUCCAAUUCAUGAUUUGUUCAUAGUAGGCCGGGGGCAAGGCAUUAUGUCGCCUCUGACAGCAGGGCUUACGGACUGGAGCGAGUGCCCGGAGCUCGGUGCUAUCGGGGAUUUAUUGGCUUCAUCAGAUUUUGGAGCCUCAUAUUCCGUGCUGGUGGUUCAGCAAUAUGUGGGGAUUGAGGCACUUGGAGAUGCAACGGUCGCCACGCCGGACAGCCCGACUCAUCAGCAACCAGAGCAGUUCGAUCUUGGGAACAGGCGGCCGCCGCCUGUAGGUCAUGCUCAUGUCUUCCAACCACAGCCCUGAAGGCGAUCAGAACAGACCAUCUUAUGUACCAAGUUUGACGGAUUGUUAACUAAUUCUACUUUCUCUUUUUGUUAAUAUAUAGUGAGAGAGGGGAUGUAGGAUUAGAUUCUUCUUACUAAUUUUUUCCCUUUUUUUUCAACAGUUCUGUAAAGAUUAAUGUUGUAGGAAGUCUCACAUCAUC